AUGAGGGGCUCUUCUCGAGCUGCGCUCUUCAAUAAUUAUUACUGGGGAAACCCUCAUGGCCCAGUUGAGAUGUUGGAAAGGUUCAUACUCCACAAAUUUAAUUUGAAGCAGCUCUUUACCAAGGACGAGAUGUUGAAGGUCACGACCUGGAAGAACAGAGAUGAGUUUGUUGAGAUUUUCAAGAGUGCCUGUGGGCACCUGGAGGCGGGCUUUGCAGUUGAAGGGAGAGAAGUGGACUCCACCCAUCACUCCUAUAUCCUUGCCAGUAUGCUGAGCCUACCCAACAAUGGGAGGAUUCUCCCUGGCAGGGGCUACCCUAAGACGGGUCUCCUGAUGAAUGUCCUGGCUGUGAUCUUCAUGAAGGGCAACUGUGUUGCCAAGGAAGACAUCUGGAGAUUCCUGAAAAAGAUGGGAAUGUAUCCUGGGAGGAAACACCUGGUCUUUGGAGAUCCUAAGAAGCUCUUCACCCAAAAUUUGGUGAGGCUAAAGUACCUGGUGUAUCAGCAGGUGCCUGGCAGUGACCCUCCAUGCCAUGAGUUCCUGUGGGGCCCGGAAGCACAUACUGAAACCAACAAGCUGAAAGUCCUGAAGUUUUUAUCCAGGGUUAAUAAAGCUUCCCUUGCCUACUUCUCAUCUCUUUAUGAAAUCUCUAAAAGAGAUGAGGUAGAAAGAGCCCAAACCACAGGUGCAGCCAAAGAUGGCUGUACUGCCAAACCUAGUGCAGUGUCCAUGGCCACAGAUCCCACCGCUUCUUCCAGCCCAGUUGAUGUGUGA